CAGCGACUCUGGAAUUCUAUACAGGCAGAGCAUCGGACACCUAAGAUUACGCGCUCUCCGCGCGAGGUAGGGCGGGGCUCCCGAGGACCUCACCCUAAAGCGAUCACCUGGGAAGCGGAAGAGUAAGGAAUCGGGGACCGACAGCGACAGAGGUUCCGAUGAGACUGAGGACAAGGAAGGGAAUGUGACUCUCUCCCCCAAAAGUCACAGAGUAACUGGUAGAGCUGGACAAGAACCUAAGCCUCUAACUGAAAAGACCAGAGAUUUUUCUGUUACACUCUUGGGAAGCAGACCCUAAGAUCUUCGCAAAGUAUCUUGUGGGGGGAAAAAAUGCCUAAAGUCAAAAGAAGCCGGAAAGCUCCCCCUGACGGCUGGGAGUUGAUUGAGCCAACACUGGAUGAAUUAGAUCAAAAGAUGAGAGAAGCUGAGACGGAGCCACACGAGGGGAAGAGGAAAGUGGAGUCUCUGUGGCCCAUCUUCAGAAUCCAUCACCAGAAAACCCGCUAUAUCUUUGACCUCUUCUACAAGCGGAAAGCCAUCAGCAGAGAACUAUAUGAAUAUUGUAUUAAAGAAGGAUACGCAGACAAAAACCUGAUUGCAAAAUGGAAAAAGCAGGGGUACGAGAACUUAUGCUGCCUGCGGUGCAUUCAGACACGGGACACCAAUUUUGGGACAAACUGCAUUUGCCGAGUCCCCAAAAGCAAGCUGGAAGUGGGCCGGAUCAUUGAGUGCACGCACUGCGGCUGCCGGGGCUGCUCCGGUUGAGGCCCUUGGGCCCGGACCCCUCUCCACCCAGGACUUCAGAUUUGCUGGUGUCUGCCUAUCAUGCCGCCCCCUUUCCUGGGAGCAGCUCUUCUCGCAGAGUGGUACCCCAGGCCUGAGCUGGAACAUGGUCUCUACGUGUGAAGGCUUUGGUGUUCAUCAGCUAUGAUUUAUAAAAAUAAAUCUUGAAACCUUU